AUGAAGUGGAUUGUUCUAUCCCUUGCCGCAGUCGCGUCUGCGCUGCAGAUCCUGCCCCCGGUUCACUUUGAAACUGGUUCUGCUCAUAAUAACGGCUUUUCGUUGGCAACCACCGAACGGAUAAUCUACCUCAAUGCCGAUUUUGCUAGCUGGAAGGAUCAGAACGGGUUAACGCUGCUUCCACCAUCGGCAUCUGAAUUCGCAACCACCUUUCGCGACGACUUACGGGAGCUGACGAAUAGUUCAUGGGAGCUUCGCAAGGUCAAGCAAUUUCCCAAACACGCGUCGGGAAUAUUCCUCGAUCGUGUAGACCACCCGGACCUGUUCACCUACGAGAAUGGAUGCAAGACCGAGGAGGGAUAUGAGUUGGAGAUCCACGAUGACAGCGUGUCAAUUCGAGGCUCCGGGGCGCGAGGUAUGUGGUGGGGGACGCGAACACUUCUCCAGCAGCUCGUUUUGACACCCUCAUCCCUACCACCCGGUCGCGUGGAAGAUGCGCCCGCCUAUGCGACUCGUGGAUUCCUGCUAGAUGCUGGUCGUAAGUGGUAUUCGCUGGAGUUUUUGAAAGAUUUAUGCACUUAUGCCUCGUUCUUCAAGAUGUCCGAGUUUCAAUACCAUGCAACCGACAACUACCCAUUGAGUCGCGGUCAGAAUGAGACAUGGAAUGCGGUUUACUCGCAGUUUUCUUUGCACCCCGAAAGCGAGGCUCUUCGCCCUCUUGUCCAACGUGCCAACGAAACGUUAUCUCGGGCUGACUUUGAUGACUUCCAGCAUCACUGUGCUCAGCGAGGUGUUACAGUGAUUCCCGAGAUCGAAAGCCCCGGGCACUGUCUUACUGUUACAAAAUGGAGACGUGAGCUCGCGUUAGACUCGAGGGAUCUGCUCAAUCUCUCCCAUCCGGACACUGUUCCUUUGAUGAAGUCUAUCUGGACUGAGUUCCUUCCUUGGUUCCACACAAAGGAGGUGCACAUUGGCGCCGAUGAGUACGAUCCUGACUUCGCGGAUGACUAUGUUGAGUUCGUGAACGAAAUGUCCCGCUUUGUGCAAGAAAUGUCUGGCAAAACGGUUCGUAUCUGGGGGACAUACGAGCCGUCACACCUUACCAUCGAUAAAAAUAUAACGAUUCAACACUGGCAGUCUGGACAAUCAGACCCAGUGGAUCUAGUUCGCAACGGCUAUCGGGUUAUUAACUCUGAGGAUUGGUGGGCCUAUGUAUCGUUGAAAAGCAACCAUGUGCCCAUCUCCCCAGCCCCCUAUCCUCAGUUCUUCAACCAUGCCCGUGUUAUCAACUUCGCCGAUCGUGACGGGUGGCAGUGGACGCCAGAGCUUUUCAAUCCGGUGAAUACGACCAAACAACCAGAUGCCAAAGCUGUACCAGGCGCUCUCUUGGCUGCCUGGAAUGAUAGCGGCCCGGACGCCACUACUCAACUUGAAGCCUACUAUGCAAUCCGUGACGGCAUUCCAGUCGUCGCUUCGCGCGCGUGGUGUGGUGCACGUGGACCUCGCCUGCACGAACAAACCCUAGCCAAAUCCAUUGCCAAGUUGUCCCCUCAGGCCGUGGGGCAAAAUCUUGACCGACGCCUUCCAGGAGAAGGGAGUCAUGGAUCAGGACCAUUGCUUUCAUGGACAAGGCCAAUCAUGGAGUCCAAUCAGGAUGAAUACAACCUUGGCCAUGGCAGUAAGGGUAUGAAUUACACCCUCCAAUUAGAUGUCACGGGUCCCUUUUCUCUGCAGUCUUCCGAUGCGACACUUACCUUGUCAUCGGACGGUAAAUUGACGUUUGUUUCUGAUGGAUGGCCCUAUCCACUUCGCUCUGUUGCCGAAACUGAUGGCUUUGACCCAGAUCAGCCUGGACGAAUUUGGGCUAACAAGACCACCUCAAGCCACGAGGUUGUGACUAUCCCCCGGGAAUCGCAAGUCAUCAUCUCCACAAAUGGGGUAUAUGGAAGUCGUGUGUGGGUGGAUGGAGCCUUUGUCGGUCGCUUUGAGGUCUUUAUCUAUGGCGGAAAGAAUCAAGUUUUCUCAUGGAGUCAGAUGGCUUUUGUGGCACCGUUGGAUGUCUUGGAAGGCUCAGGGUUGCAACGUUUUGCUGUUUUUGAGGAUAUUAGGGUUACAUGA